CGGCAGCAGAGGUCGCGCACAGAUGCGGGUUAGGCUGGCGGGGGGAGGAGGCGGAGGAGGGAAGGAAGCUGCAUGCAUGAGCCCCACAGACUCUGGCAAGCUGGAUGCCCUCUGUGGAUGAAAGAUGUAUCAUGGAAUGAACCCGAGCAAUGGAGAUGGAUUUCUAGAGCAGCAGCAGCAGCAGCCUCAGUCCCCCCAGAGACUCUUGGCCGUGAUCCUGUGGUUUCAGCUGGCGCUGUGCUUCGGCCCUGCCCAGCUACCCGGCGGUUUCGAUGACCUUCACGUGUGUGCUGACCCAGGAGUCCCUGAGAAUGGCUUCAGGACCCCCAGUGGAGGGGUUUUCUUUGAAAGCUCUGUAGCCCGAUUUCACUGCCAAGACGGAUUCAAGCUGAAAGGCUCUACAAAGAGACUGUGUAUGAAACAUCUUAAUGGAACCCUAGGCUGGAUCCCAAGUGAUAAACCCGUCUGUGUGCAAGAAGAUUGCCGUAUCCCUCAAAUUGAAGAUGCCGAGAUUCACAACAAGACAUACAGGCAUGGGGAUAAGUUAAUCAUCGCCUGUCAUGAAGGAUUCAAGAUCCGUUACCCCAACCUGUACAACAUGGUUUCAUUAUGUCGUGAUGAUGGGACGUGGGAUAAUCUCCCCAUCUGUCAAGGCUGCCUGAGACCCCUAGCCUCUUCUAAUGGCUAUGUGAACAUCUCCGAGUUCCAGACCUCCUUCCCAGUGGGGACUGUGAUCUCCUACCGCUGCUUCCCUGGAUUUAAACUCGAGGGGUCCGAGUAUCUCGAGUGCUUACACAACCUUAUCUGGUCGUCCAGCCCACCCCGGUGCCUUGCUUUGGAAGUUUGUCCACUACCUCCCAUGGUGAGUCACGGAGAUUUCAUCUGCCACCCGCGGCCUUGUGAGCGCUACAACCACGGGACCGUGGUGGAGUUUUACUGCGAUCCUGGCUACAGCCUCACCAGUGACUACAAGUACAUCACCUGCCAGUACGGAGAGUGGUUUCCUUCCUAUCAAGUCUACUGCAUCAAAUCAGGACACACAUCAGAAUACAAAUGA